AUGUGUUUGGUGAAAUAUAUAAGUAAAAGAAUUAUGUCAUCAAGCGCUCCAAAAAUUGUUCAACCAAAAUGGCAUGUCCCAGGUGCUACUAGUAGCCCAGAUAAGCGUGUGCUUAAAUUGUACAACUCGUUGACUAGAAGUAAAGUUGAGUUUAUUCCAAGAUCUGGUACUAAGGAAGUUUCCUGGUAUUCCUGUGGUCCUACUGUUUAUGAUGCCUCUCAUAUGGGUCACGCAAGAAACUAUGUCUCCAUCGAUAUUAAUAGAAGAAUUUUACAAGAUUACUUUGGUUACAAUGUUAAUUUUGUUCAAAACGUUACAGAUGUUGAUGAUAAGAUUAUCUUAAGGGCAAGACAAAAUUAUUUGUUUGACAAAUUUGUUGAGAGUAAUCAAACUAUUGAUGAUACCGUUGUCAAAAAAGUUAUGGAUUCCUUAUUACAAUAUAUUUCCAAAAAAUUAAAACAAGAAGAUAUCAAAACCAUAGAUGAAUAUAAAGUAUGGAUGAAAUCAGUCGAUGUUGAGCAGAAGAAGAUUGAAGAUCCUAAAUUUCCAAUGCAUGUAACUGCUAUCAAUAAUGCAGUUAGAGCUUUAUCAAAUGUUAAUGACAAAGAAUUUUAUCCAUUAGUAAAAGAUGUUUUUGUUCCAUUACUAGACAAAGAAUUAGGUUCUACGAUUAAGGACCCGGAAGUUUUCCGUAAAUUGCCAGCUUACUGGGAAGAUCAAUUCAACAAUGAUAUGGCUAAGUUAAAUGUGCAAUUUCCAGAUGUCACUACUAGAGUAUCUGAAUACAUUCCAGAAAUUAUUACAUUUAUUGAAAAAAUUAUAGCGAACGGGUAUGCUUAUGCAACCUCUGAUGGUUCCGUUUAUUUCAAUACUUCUAAAUUUGACAAAGCUGAGAAUCAUCACUAUGCUAAAUGUCAACCUUGGAACAAAGGACAAUUAGACUUAAUCAAUGACGCAGAAGGUUCACUAAGUAACUUUUCUGACUUAAAUGGUAAACAAUCAGCUAGUGAUUUUGCCUUAUGGAAGGCCUCUAAGCCUGGUGAGCCAGAAUGGCAAUCCCCAUGGGGUAAAGGUAGACCUGGUUGGCAUAUCGAAUGUUCCGUGAUGUGUAGUUACAUUUUAGGUGAAAACAUCGAUAUCCAUUCAGGUGGUGUUGAUUUAGCUUUCCCACAUCAUGAUAAUGAAUUAGCACAAUCUGAAGCACAUUUUGAUAACGAUCAAUGGAUCAAUUACUUUUUACAUACUGGUCAUUUACACAUUGAAGGUCAAAAAAUGUCUAAAUCUUUGAAGAAUUUUAUUACUAUUGAUGAAGCUUUAAAAAGUUAUUCACCAAGACAGUUAAGAUUAGCAUUUUCUUCUGUGCAAUGGAACAACCAACUGGAUUUUAAAGAGAGUUUAAUCAAUGAAGUCAAAUCAACAGAAACUGCCUUCAAUAAUUUUUUUGCAAAUGUUAGAGCUUUAAACAAUGAUUACAAAAAUAAUUUAGCUGCUGCAGACGAUUACAUACCAAAGAGAGUAGGCAAUCUUGAAAUUCAAUUACUAAAAGAUUUGAAAGAAGCUCAAGAGAAAGUUGACAUUGCUUUCUGUGACAAUUUAUCUACUCCACAAGUCAUUAAGGCAUUGAAUGAUUUAAUCAGUGUCAGCAAUACUUAUAUUUCUACGUCAGGUUCUAACAUUAAAAUCGAGCCAGUCUUAUCUGUCUGUAAAUUCAUUACCAAAAUUGUAGGUGUAUUAGGUUUUCCAAUCCGUUCUGAUUCUUUAGGUUGGGAAGAGCCAUCAACAUCUUCAACUAAUGGAGGUGCUAGUGUUGAAGAAACUGUUAUGCCAUACGUCCAAGUCUUGGCUAAAUUCAGAGAUUCAGUUCGUUCUAUGGCCAUUGACAAAACUGACUUGAACGAAUUUUUAAAAUUAACUGAUAAGAUCAGAGACGAGGAGUUAUUGAAUUUGAACAUUGCAUUAGAUGAUAGAAAUGGACAAAGUUCUUUAGUGAAAUUCUUAUCAGACAAAGAAAAAGCUGAUAUGAUCAAAUUUAACAGCGAAAAAUUGGCUAAAGAACAAGAAAAAUUAGCCAAGAAAUUAGCACAACAGAAAUUAAAUGAAGCCAAAGAGAAAGAGAGAAUGGAAAAGGCUAAAGUUGCCCCAGAAGAUAUGUUCAAGACCGACGCAUACACCGAAUGGGACGCUCAAGGUUUACCAACUAAGGAUAAAGAAGGUAACGAAGUCACAAAAUCCAUGACCAAAAAAUUGAGGAAACAAUGGGACCAACAGAAGAAACUUCACGAUGAGUAUUUGUCAAAAUAA